AUGGUGAAGCCUUCUCCUGAUCGUUCCGCUAUCCUUCGUCUGCACCAAGCCGGCCGCCCACCCGCCACGAUCGCUAUACCUUGGUGGACUCCAAGACCACCGAAGAAGUGGAAGACCUCGUACUGCUCGCACGCCGAAGGUCGUCGAGGGGCCGUCCGAAAGUCGUCCCGGCCGUCAUUCGUCGACCCCGGCGUCAAAAUCGACAAAGAUUACUACCUGAAGACGAUUUUGGAAGAUGCUCUACUCCCGUGGGCGAAUUCCCACUUCACACGCCACCCGUGGACAUUUCAGCAAAAUUCGGCGCCCGCCCACAAGGCCAAGGUCGUCCAAGCGUGGUGCAAGAGCGAACUCCCCGACUUCAUCCAGGCAGAAGAAUGGCCGGCAUCGUCACCGGAUUUGAACCCACUGGACUACAUCUUGUGGUCCUACCUUGGGAGCAAGGCCUGCGCCAUUCCCCACCCCAAUUUGGAUUCUCUGAAGGCAGCGCUCAUCCGAGAAUGGGACGAAAUCGACGAGGCACUCUGCGUCCGGUCGUCGACGCCUUUCCCAGGCGACUUUGCCCUGUCGUCCGUGCAAAAGGCACUCUCUCUCACCCACGUCGUUUCUACGGGGAAGCGUAUCAAAGCGUCCUAUGAGGUAGGAAGUCGCCCAAAGGCUACGGCGAUUGAAAACUGUGAAAAAGUCUUCGAAGGCCGCAUGGAGAAAAGUCUCGAGCUCAAUAAGCUACUCAAAACAUGGUUCAAAGAUAAGAAAUUCAGAAUUUCAACGUGGAAAAGGCCGACACAAGUGGUUUUUGACUGUAAGCUAGCAGGACGUGCCAAAGAACUAUUGCAAGACAAAGUUUGGUUGGGUCCAAGUUGGAAAGAGCGUGAACUGAAAUAUCCUUAUUACACUUUUGACGCAAGCGGCGACUUUUACGAAAUGGCAAUGUACGUAUUUGCUAUCUUGGAGUCCAUCAAGAGCAACCCCUACUUCAAAUAUUACGAUCUACAAUUUGCAUGUGCUUACGCUAACAAUUCUCAGACAGGCGUCUGCUCGCUCGGCUAA